UCACCUCUUUCAAAAAUCCUCAUGUUCCUCUACUAAAGAUUGAAGAAAGCUUCUGGUCAUCCUAUCAAAGAUGUGGGACGUUCUUUCCUGCUUCUUAAGCCCUCUCUUGUGCCUGCUCAUGAUCGAUUCCUCGCAGAAGGCUAUGGCGAAUCCCGAAUCGGCCGAUCUUCAAGAACCCGAGGGCCACUGCAAGAAUGGUUGUUGCGCCGGCAUCUGGACUUUCCAAGAGAACCAGCGGUUCGAGAGCGCCUUGGCUACGUUAUCCGGCCCGAUGGACAUCUCCUUGUUAUGUGAUUUCGUCAAGAAGAUCACUCCCGAGUUCCCCGGGAAGUCGGCCGAGCAGCUAGGGAGGCAUCUCGAGGCGCUGUGGCACGACGUGGACUUGAUAGAAUCAGGUGAAGUCACGUUCCCGGGGCAAUGGCCGGCGGACGAGGAAGGCGGGCGUGGGCGCGAACGGAAGAGAGGGAUGGCAUGGACUAAAGAAGAACACGAGCGAUUUCUAAGCGGAUUGGAGAUAUACGGCAGAGGGGAUUGGAAGAGCAUCGCCAGGCACGUCGUGGUAUCGAAGUCGCCGACGCAAGUAGCUAGUCACGCGCAGAAGUACUUCAAUCGCAAGGACCGCGCGGAGGAAGAAAAGCUUCGCCGGAGCAUCAACGACACUCACAGCAUCAACGAUACUCCCGGCAUUGGCCACAUCGGAGCGAUGGCGUCCAUGUCCUCGAGCUUGCCAUCUGCCCGUUAUGCCGAUAGUUCCGAGCGCCUCGACUCCUGAGAGCAGAUAUCCCUGUGCAGCUUCUCUGCUUGAUCGAUUGCGUCAGGCCGUUGUUG